AUGUCCGAUUCGGAGGAUCAUAUCGACAACGUCCCAGACGAUGCUGGCGACGAUCUGUUUGGAGAUGAAGACGUUAAUGACGACCAACCGCUUUCGGAGAUUGGCGAGGAUAAGCUCAGCGACCGUGAUUUGAAUUCGGACAGGGAAGACGAGGUUGCCGACAGACAUGAUGACGAAGUUGACGGUAUGGAGGACGUGGAACCGGAAUUCCGCGACAAGACCGUUGUCGACACACCGCUUUACCGACAUCGCAUCCCCAAGUCCGGAAACGGCAGCCUUUACUCUUUCAAAGUCCCCGAUUUCAUCAAGCUGAACCCGCUCGAGUACAACCCUGAUAUCUGGGAGCCAAGCAAAUGGGAUCUUCGAAACGCCCGUCAGGAUACUCCGGUUCCUACAGUUAUGCGCCGCCGCGACCCAAAGACGGGCAAGCUGCAGAGCAAUACCAACAUCUACCGCUGGAGUGACGGAUCCGUUACGAUGGCAGUUGGCGACGAGCACUACGAGAUUCAGUCCAAGCCCCUGGCUCCUCCAGCCAACAAGCCCUACCAAGAAGUCCAAGACGCGCACUAUUAUGCCGCUGCGGCCCACUUGACGACGAAUUCGCUUGUAAUCAUCGGACAUUUUACAGAACAAUACAUGCUGAGGCCGAACAAGAACAUUCAGGAUCACGCCCUCGAACGCCUUAAGGCGGAGCUAGCGACCGCCAAGAAGGAACGCGGGCCCGAUAUGAUCAUUCUCGCCAAGGAAGACCCAGAGUUGCAGAAGAAGCAGGCAGAGAUGGCUGAGAGGGAACGUGCCAAGGCGCAGCGUCGGCGCGAAACCGCUGCCGCCCGCGUGGAUGGCGCUGGAGGACGAUUUAAGGGUGGUGCACUUUCGAUCGGUGAUCUGGAAGGUGGAAGGCGCGGCCGGAAGCGUGGUGCGCCUGGUGGCGGCAAGAAGAAGAACCGUCGGCCCGAAUACGAUUCAGACGACGAGCCCGGCCAGAAGGCAACCAACGAUAAAUACGAUUUGGAUGAUGGCUUUCUUGUUGACAGUGACGAGGAAAGCGAGGAGGUUGAGGAUGAUGAGGAGGAAGAGGAGCUCCUUGAUGAUGACGAUGACGAGGAAGAGGCACCUCGUCGUAAGCGUCAGAGGACGGCGGAGGCGGAUGAUGAGGAUGGCGCCGGCACCACCUCGCACCGCCGUAGACGCGCCGUCAUUGAUGACGACGACGAGUAA